AUGCUGGCGCAGAGCAUUGGAGUCAUAAUGCUUUGGCUAGCUGGGUGGUCACUGGCAGACGUUGCUAGCAACUUGGAAGCGAUCUUCAACAACAAUGGCACUUUGAAGACAAAAGAGGAGGCCAAGAACGCAGGAGUGCCACCCAAGUUCUAUGUGGACUACAGUCUCAUUGUAGUAAGCCUCAGGAUGUCUUUUGAGCCGACAGUCCAUGUGCAAGGCAUUGGCGUUGUCCGCUCUCUGCAUGGCCUGAGCAGCGGCGUGUCAGGCCAUGCUGCUACGACCAGCUUAUCGUACAUCCUGGUGCUUGGCAGAGCGGAGGAAAAGUCCAAAGAGCUUGGAAUGCUUGGACUGCUAACCAAGAAAAUGAUCACAUUGGCGUUUGUGGCACCGGGCAUCCCCAUCAAGCCCGGUACUGAGUCUUUAGUGGCAACCAUUGACCGCCUCGUCUUCUGUGGUUUCCAUCUAUCGGUGUGGAAGGAGGCUGAAGAUUAUCUCGGUGAGAAGCUUCAGUAUGCAAAUGUAACUGGAGCUCUAGCAGGCACUCCAGCGCUUUUUCCAUCUCACGAGGCAGAUCGUGCGGUGAAUGGGACAGAGUAUGAGAUGGCUCACCAAGUGAGCUUCGUGCUCAAGAAAAAGGACGUUGAUACGAAGAGCGUGCAUCUUAAGCUUACCAGCAAGGAGAUAGAUGAGAAAUUGCAGCUCCCGAUUCUGGAGAACCUGUCACCGGAUCUGCUUACGCCGCUCCAGCUCAAGCUGAAAGACGGCACGAUGAUCAUUUGCCGCUUGCGGCUGAUGUCUCUGGACGAGCGGUGA